AUGACCAGCCACUCGUGCAGUACCGACUCAGCUACAGGCAUCUACUCGAAAAGCCUAGGGGGUAUGCCCAUACAGCUGGUCUCUGACGUCGAAUCUGUGCAGGCAGGGUCAGGAAAUGCGAAACCUAACACUUCAAAGACACACAUCGAUGAUUCUGCGAAAAUGACUCCGGGAAAGCUUGAGCCGACGACUGAGGAGAUUCCACUGUCGCCCGCACCACGUCUCGAUCCGGUUUUCGAUACACUUGUUGAUUCUGUACUCUCCGUAGGCGGAGCUCUUGACGUAAUUUACUCGAUGGAAACAACUGUGUUGAGGUGUUCCCAACCAGUGUUCUCUGGAGCUGGCCAUAGUAGUCAAGGUCUCUCGUUGGACGACGCGGAAGUUCUGGUGAAGCUCCUGGGUGCGAUGGCCUUCAGCUUGACUCCUUCUGCACUGCCGUGUAGUAAUGAAGAGAAGCAGGAGGCGGCAAAAAGUGGCAGGCUGCUAUCUGCAAUCACUUCAGAUGACGGAAUGGAUUCGGGAGCACCUUCCAACUCCAAAACGCCGCAAACUGAUCCUCCUUGA